AUGUCGAAGAACCGAAUGCCCCUUUACCUCGCCCUCGCUGGUGCGGGCGCAGGUGGUUACUACCUGUACCGCGCAGGCGGCGACGUCGACGGUGCCAAGAAGGCAAUGAAGAUUGACGCCGAGAAGGCCCGUGAGAAGUUGCCCACUAGUGGUGAUGCCGAGAAGGCCGGCGCCAACUACGGAAAGGAAGCCGGUGCGGCUGUCGAUGAAGCUAUCAACAACGCCCGCUCCAAGUUCAAGCCUGACGAGAGUAUUCCCGAGAUGGCGGAGGAUGGCAAGAAGAAGUUCAGCGAGCUCAGCGAGGAUGCGCGGAAGAGGAUCAACGAGGGCAUCGAUAAGAUGGAUCGCACGGUUGAGCAAAAGGCCGCUGAGGCCAAGGGAACCGCGUCUGGCUGGUUCUCGGGCAAGAAAUAA